AGACUUUUCCGCUGGUAUGAUAGACGUCUUGACUCAAAAGGCAUUAGACCGAGGCUGCGCCGAUCGCAUUGUUGCUGCGGUAGACAACGGAGAGCUUCUGCAAACGGUGGAGAGUUCAAGCUGCGAUGUAUACGUAUCUAACUUUGGACUCGUGUUCUUCAACAGCCCUGAAGAUGGAUUAAAGCAAGCGAAGCGGGUGCUUCGUAGUGGCGGGCGUCUGGCGAUCAGUACAUGGAGUGAGCACACGCCUGCAUUUGAUAUUAUUACCAAUGUGCUCAAACAGCUCAAGGAACGCAAUACGCCUGUGGGUGUGGAAGGUGUCCUAGAUACCAAAGAUCAUACAAUACAAGACUGUGGCUCCGGAUCCGAUUUUUCGAAACGUACCGAACAUCUCAACACAGUGAACUCAGAUGCAUCUGCUCCUGAUAGGGCGGGUGAAGGUACGCCGAUCGCAAACAACCGCAGCAGUCAAUCACAAAGCUCACCGAACCAAGCCUUCAGGCGCUUCAGGAAUGCGUAUGCUCUACCUGCACUUAUGAAGAAGUAUGAGUUUGAGGAGGUACGCGUUCAUCCUAUCUCACAUCAAUUAUUGAAGCCGACACCCGACGCGUACUGGACGCGGAUGUCCACAGCUUCUCCGGGGACCAUACACACACUCGGCGAACUGUCCAGCUCAGAUAGGGAAUGGGUGAAAAAGACCACAAUUCAGUGUCUCACCGACCAGUUUGGCGCCGGGCCAGUAUCACUUGAGGCGAAAGCCUAUAUUGUAUUAGCAAAUAAAACUUAGUGCUAUCCGGUACUAAAACGUG